AUGCGCCGCAACUCCGUCUCUGGCGUCUCCCCGUACGCCAGCGGCGCUACCGUAUGUGUGCAUACGCCGCCGCUCACAGCCUGCUGCAUGCGACUUUCCGCGGCCGAGCGUGACUUGGUCCAAAAGACGAAGGCGGCCAUGGAUGCUUCGGACGCAGCAGCGCUACAAGCUGCGAUUCAUGCGCACAUUGCGCUCCCAGCCGGGCAACGGAGCAUGCAGGCAUGUGAUGCAAUGAUCGAGGCCAUGUGCCAACCAACAUCUCAGCGCCGGCCAAUUCCCGAGCUGAUGUGUGUGUACCGCAGCAUGCUUACGCAUGGCCCCGCGCCCGGCCACUUUACAUUUGCACGCCUCCUCGACGCACUGUGCGACGCGGCCAUGGACAACGACGAGUACCUUUCUCUUGCGCUGGAGCUUACCGAUACAGCUCACGCGAUGCUGCUUCCAUUCACCAGCACCGCCGCCUACAAUGCGGUACUGCGUGCGUGCGCCAAGCAUGGCAAGUCGACAGAGGCCGUGCACGUCCUUGCGUACAUGGAAGACAACCUCCUCACGACCAAGGACGCCGACUCGUACCAAUACAUGAUCGAGUCAUUUGCACGCAAUACUGGGCGCAAGUAUCCACAUGAGCCCAUCGAGGAGCAGCGCGCGCGCCGACGCCAAGCGUGCACAUUGAUCUUUGCGACGUUCGAGUCCGUCGCGCAAGGCGUCGCUGCAAUUUCGCGCUACGCGGCGUCGUUCAGCCCCGAGCGCUGUGCGGGUGUAUGGUAUGCCAUGCUGCACGCGCACUUUGCUCAGGGCAGCCCGGUGGAUGCCGUGUCGCUUUUUGAGCGCAUGAUUGCGAUCCAAGCAUCGCGCAAUGUCCUCCCUGUCACGGAGCAGAUUACGUCGACAAUGGUGCUUGGUUUUGUUCGCGCAGAUGACUGCCGUUCUGCCGUGCAGUGGCUCCGCCAGCUCCAAACGGCUAAUCUUGCGCAGCCGAACACAGCGGUGCUGGAAGAAGUGCUCGCGAGUGUCAUGGCGCAGCCGCACGCAGAAGCAGUGCAGUAUAUGGUCUCGCUUGCCGAGUAUUUUUUGCAAGGUGCACCGGUGCCAUUGCCAGUAGCUUCUUGCUGUGUGCGGCACCUUGCCACGCUUCUCGAGAUGCCGAAGGCAUGGACCGCAAUGGACGAUGCAGUGCUGCAUGCAUUGGACGUCUUGGCCGCGCUUGCACGGCACGUAUUUGCCUCGUACACAGCGUCCCAUCCCAUGAGCACCAUGAGCCAGACUGCGCCCGUGGCGGCUCUUUUUUGCCUUGUGGCCAAGCUUGCCAUGUCGAAACGCCCUGUCGAGGCCGCUGCCUUGUUUGCCGUCGCUGUCGCCUCGCUGCGCAAUGCAGAUCAAAGCGCAGCCGCGUACGUAGCACUACUCCGCAGUGCCUACCAUUUGCCCAUGGCAAUUGCGGACGCUGCGGCCGAGGCACAGGGCGCUGGGCCAGACGACGCCUGCGUGCGCUUUACCGCCAUGGCAAGUCUUGUCUCGCCGAAUUUGCGCGGCAUGCAUGGCUCGUUUGUGGACGGGCACAACAGCGCAUUAAUCCGCUUGUACGAGGCGACCAGCCGCGACUUGAAGGGCGACUUGGCCUCGUUGCCGCUACAAUGCGAAGCGUGGCAGUGUGUCGUAGACGCAUACUGUGUAGAGGAACACUCUGCACGGGACAGCACGGCGUUCACAGCGGAGAGUGGCUUUGGCAAGCUGCUCAAAGAGCUCGCAUUGCUCGCACCGCGCAUCCAACUCGACUUGACACGUGCGCAAACGGUGCUUCAUGCCAAGUAUGGCGACGCGGCGCUUGGCGUGCUGCAGCCAUGGACCGCGCCCGACACUGCACAGACCAAGGCACGCCACCAAGUGCCAGCGCCGAGCGAGCAGCACCUUUUGCGUGCUGCUUUGCAAGAUGGCGCGCACGCGCCGCACCUUGCCCCGUUCAAGUCGCUCGACAUGGUGCUGGGAAACGCCAUCCAAGCGCUCGCUCGGCCCCAGGGCGAAGUCGACGUGGAGUCUUUGUACCAGCGCGUGGAGAAAAGCGUCGCGCAAGGCAAAUUUCCACCGCCCAGCGCACUUGCCGUGCUCAUCACUGCGUUUGGGCGCAUGGGGCGCCUUGAGACGCUCGACGCGCUGUACACCAUGGGCCUGCAUGUGCUGGCCUCGCACCCAAACAGUUCCGAGUGGCGCACGAGCCAGUGGGUCCAGCUCGAGGACGGCAUGGUCACUGCGCUUUCACACAGCGGCGCGGCGGACCGUGCGAAUGGACACCGCGAGCGCUUGAUUGCCUCUGGCCAUGCGCCGAGCGCGAGCAGCUAUGCCGCGUUGAUCGCCACGAUCCAGGAGCGCACGGAUGACGCGGUGGUCGCCGAGGACUUGUUCAACGAGUCGCAACAACUCGGCGUGCGCCCAACGACCUACCUGUACAACACCGUCAUCUCGAAGCUUUCCCGUGCACGCAAAGCCGAGCAGGCGCUCCGCCUGUUUGACGCGAUGCGCGACACCAACCUGCGCCCGAGCAGCGUCACAUAUGGCGCUGCAAUUAAUGCAUGUGUGCGCACAGGCGACGAGGCGCGCGCGACACAGCUUUUUGCCGAGAUGGAGGCACAGCCGAGCUUCCAGCCGCGUGUUCCGCCGUACAAUACCAUGAUCCAGUACUAUGUACACAGCUGCAUGGACCGCACCAAGGCGUUACGGUACUAUGAAAAGAUGCAAAAGGUAGGUGUACGUCCCAGUGCGCAUACGUACAAGCUCCUCCUCGACGUCUGGGGCGCGAUCGCUCCUGUGCAGCCCGACAAACAGCAGCUCAUAUUUUCCAAGCUGGUAGCGGACCGGCUUGUGGGUGUACAAGGAACGCAUUGGGCCUCGCUCAUUCACACCCAGGGCGCGGUGCUGCGCGAUUUGGACCGCGCACUGGAAAUCUUUGAGUCGAUUGCCGAGCACGCGCCUGCGGUUGGGCGCAGCCGUCUGAGCACCGUGCCGGAUGCAGUCGUGUACGAGUCGUUGUUUUCUGUGUUUGUAGCGCACCAUCGCUCGGACUUGAUGCCGGCGUACCUUGCGCGUAUGAUCCGACAAGGCAUCUUUCCUACUGCCUACAUUGCCAACCUGCUCAUCAAGGGGUACGCACAGGACGGGCCGAUGGGACUCAUCGAGGCGCGCCGCGUGUUUGACGCCAUGAUUGAUCCCCCGGCGGGCAUUGCCGCGGCCGGAAAUCAUUUGCCGCGGCACCAAGGCGCUGGUGCGCUGGGACUGCGUCGCGAGCGAUUUGAUCAGCGCGGGGGCCGGCACGGGUGCAAGCAUACCCUCGACCGUACCAAUGUGCUUGGCGCGCUGGUGAAUCGCGAGCCAAGCACGUACGAUGCCAUGAUCCGUGCAGAGCUUUCGUUUGGGCACACGGCGCAGGCAAUGCUCCUGCUUGAGCGCAUGGAGGCGCGUGCAUUUCCUGCCGCGCUGUUGAACCGUGCGCGAGCAUUGUUUGAUCACGCCACCCCUUGUGCAACGUCUACUUGA